AUGAAUCGAAAUAAUAAAAAAUCAAUUGGAAUUAAUUUUUUGGAAUCUACAUCGACUACAUCUCAAACGUCUUCUGGAGUAAUUAAUAGUAAGAGUUUUAUGGAUUUACUUGGAUUUAGUUAUAAUCUUUUAUUUUUGAAUAAAAAAGGUAAUGCAAUGUGAUUUAUUAAAAAAUUAAUUAAAUUUAUUACUAUAUUUUAAAAUCAUUUAUGAAUGGUUAUUUUCAGAUGUUAAAAAAAAAAAAAUUAAACGGCCUUAUACAAAAGCACAACCUGAGCGUACUAACGUGGAAACUAUUAGUUACCAAAAGUUGGUUGUUCCAAAACGUAUGCAUAGUCCUUAUUGGAAGUAUUUUGGUUUUCCUGCAUCAGAAUUGGGCGUUAUACUCUCUCAAGAUCGAAUUAUAUGUAUACUUUGUAAAAAACAAUUUGCCUACAAAAGUAAUACUACUAAUUUGCGAGUACAUUUACAAAGUAGGCAUAAAACUGAGUUGAUGGUACUUGAAAUGAGUUCAGCAAAAGAUAGUAGUCCAAAAAAAAGGCACGGAAAAAAUGAACUUAUGUUAUUAGAAACAUCAGAAGGCCAAAUAGAUGUGAAGUCAAAUUAUAAGGGAAAACAACAGGAUGUGUAUAUACAAGGAGAAAUGAAUGAAAACUUUAUAGGACACAAUGUUACUAAUAACUUCGAGCAAACUGAUACACCUCCACUGUCUGUUGUUUUCCAAGAUAUUGAUAAUUCAGUUAGUAAUUCAUUAUUUUCAUUAGUUUUCAAUUUUUCCCCAUCAUUUUAAAAUUUAUUUUUUUGCUAAAUUUUUACUAAAUAUAAAUAAAACCUAAUUUAUUUUAUUUUAUAUAAAUCAAGAAAUAACUUUAUUAUUUGAGAAAACAACAUUUUAACAGUUAUUUAUGUUUUUUAGUCAUGUGAUAUGAUCAGUAAAGUUGUAUCUGAUGCAAUUACUGAAUUUGUAAUUACUGAUCUUCAUUUGCCAGAUGUUGUUGAAGGUAAAGGUUUUCAACGAUUAAUUGCUACAUUAAGGUCCCCUUGUGAAAUACCUGGAAAGUAUAAAUUAGAACAUGAAAUUAUACCAAGAAUUUAUGAAUCAACUCGAGCCUCAGUUCUUAAUAGCAUUGGGAACAGUUGCAGCACUUUUGCUUUAGGCAUAGAGGAAUGGAGAUGUUCUAGUUUAAAUGUUAAUAUUACAAUAAGUGUGUUUUUCCAACAGGUAAUAUUAUUAAAAAUUAUUAAUAACUUAAUCUAAUUUUAUUGAUGUUUACAACAUAUACAGUUGGACAAAGAAGGAUUGUGCAUCAAACAAUUAGAAACAAUUGUAUGUAAUCCUAAUACAACUCCUAAUGAAUGGUGUGGAAUUUUGGGUUCAUUAUUUAUCAAUUGGAAUAUCAAUAUUGAUCAAGUAAAAACGGUUAUCAAGGCAUUUUCAAAUUGUAAUUUAGAAGCUGCAUUACUUACUCAAGGUUUAGUUCUUAUUCCUUGUCUUAUUUACGAGUUACAAGUACGUAUUACCUACAUAAUUGUGGUUUUAAUAUUUAUUAACUUAUUUUAAUAUAUUUUUUAGAAAAUAUGUACAAAAUUUUGUUUUGAAACUGAAGAUGUAUUGAAUGUUUUAACAAAGUGUAGAAAUGUUUCUGAAAAACUACUUCAGCACAAUGCUUUAACAUCAGUCACUGUUCAGGAUAAUGUUGUUCAAGUUUUUAAUUCAUUUCUUAGCAGAGAAUACCCCCAAAUUUGGACAUCAACGUAUCAUUAUUUGGAACGUUUUAUUCAACGGAAAGAUGACAUUAAAACAUUAUGCACUUCUUUGAACAUUGGAUUUUUUCCCCAUGAACUAUUAACUGAUAAAGAUUGGUCAAUUAUUGAAGAUAUUGUUUCAACACUUGAACCUUUAAAAGUCACUGUUACUACUCUAAGUGAAGAAAAAAUACCAUUGAUAUCAUUAUUGAAACCUUUAAUCAACCAGUUAACAAGUCACCAUUUAAAAGUAAAACCUGGUGAUUCACAGCUUGCUGCUGACUUAAAGAACUCUUUUGCUAAUGAACUUCUCUGGAAGUGAGAAAAAUAAUGGUAUAACUAUGAUUGUUUUUAAUAUUCUUUGUUAAUUAUUUAUUUUAAUUUGCAGAUAUAAUGAUAUUAAUGUACAAACAUUUUUGCAUAUAUCUACAUUAUUAGAUCCAAGAUUUAAAGAUUUUCCUAUGACUGAAGGUGAAGAACAUCUUCCAACAAUUAAACAAGAACUGGUCAAAAUGGUUGAAACUGAAGGAUCUGUACCUUAUGAUACCAAAGUUAAUGUUACUGAAGUUAAUACAAAUGUACCUAAGAAGUCUAGAAUAUCAGGUUUGUGUUUUUUUUUUUUUUUAUAUAAAAUAAAUAAUGAUUUAUAUCUGUUGAAGAUGAAUAAUAUUUUAUUAUAAGUUUAUAGUCUAUGGUGGAUAGUAACAGGUAAAAAAAGACACACUAAAAAAAAAAAGAUGGACAUACUUCACUCAUGAGUGGGCCACUGUUGUAGGUGUGAAGUUGAGAAAUUUAAUGUAUAUCUGUAUAUAACAAUUCUACCGUGCUAAGCAAAAACAGAAUAACUCUACUUUUUGUAAAAAUUAUACUUUUGUUAUUAUGUGUAAAACUAGUGUUUUACAGCGAUUUUUGAAGUUAAAAUAGCUUAUUCUCUUCUAAGGCCAGUCGUUAUAUUUGAUGUUUUGGAAUAACAUGGUGAAUCCAAAUACUAAGCAAAAACUCGGUAUAUAUCACAUGAAAAAUAAUGGAGUUUCUGUGUUUUGGUUUAUGUUCAUACGUUGAACAAAGUAAUUUUGGAUGUAUUGACAUGACAUAAACUUUAGUCACAUUUUAUAAAUUAAAAAUGAUAACUAUAUUUUGGUAUACCUAUCUAUUAUUUUGUAAUUUACUAACCUGAUAUUGUUAAGAAUAUGUACUCAUGGUCAUUACUAUAUUUAUCCUUAUCGAUUAUUAUUAUUAUUAAUGGUCAUAGACAAUAAAGAAACUUAUAACUUACUUUAUUAUCUAUCAACAGUUUAAAAAUUUAAAAUAUACUUAUAAUACUUACUUUCUUACAUAUCAUUAUUUCUUAUAUUCUAUAAACUGUAAUCACGUGUGCUUUUAUUAUAUAGUUAUCAUUUGUUCGUUUAGUACUCCGAUAUUUAUUUUAAUAAAGUCCAUUUUUUCCUUAAGAAACUCAAAAAGAAAAUGAAAUGUUCAAUCAAAUCUAGAUGUAAAAUUAAAUUAUUAACACAAGUUUUAAUCAAUUUUUUGAAAACACUGUUUUAAAGCUUAAUUUACUGUUGAAAACAUUAUUUGCUGUUUCUCAAUAAUCAUGUUGACUAGAGUUAUCCUAUUUUUGUUAACACGGCAGAAUUAACCAUUGCUAACAAAAAAAGAUUCUGAGCGAAGUUUGGUUAAAAUGGUUGCUUUGUCAACAAUAUAUGUGUCACAUUUUGAUAAAAUAAUUACAUAUGCAUAAUAUAUUUUCUUUAAUAAUAUUUGUAUUAUUGUAUAUAUUUUCCCAUUUUUACUAUGUUUUUCCUAUUGGUUAAACUGGGAAAAUCAAAAAAUGACUUCCUAAAGUACUGUCCCAGUCAGAUUUCCUUUCAGAAAAAGUGCUAUCAUUGUAAAUCGGAGCAAAACAGAAAAUUAGCCAUAUUUUUUACUAAUACCUACAUUUCCCUGUUUUUUCACAAUUUAUCCCAUUUAUUGGGAAAAUACUUAGAAAAAUAAAAAAAUGAAAGGAAAAUUACUCUUCAGAAAAGGCAUUAUACUUGAUAUUUUGGAGCAACAUUUUUGGUAGAAUUUUUGUACUCAGUAUAAAAAUAUAAAACAAUAAACAUCUUUAUAAAACCAAUACAUUCUUCAUUACUCUCAGAAUCUAAAAAACAAUAACGAUAUUAAUUUUUUUACAAGUGGUUUAAUUAAUUAAAACAGUUCAAAGUUAAUAUUUUCAAAAAUGUCUUUAUUUAUUAUAAUAAAAAUCUGUAUAAAAGAGUACCUAUAAAUAGUUUAAGAAAAUAUGCUGAAUUGAUCGGUUUCCCUCUUUGAAAUUUUUAUCACUAGAAUUCAAUGAUUUUUUUUUUAAAUUUUCUGUGGUAUUUCUUUGUUUUGAUUUCACGUCAUUUAGUUUCUAUUGAGCCAAUUUUGGUGGGUCUACACAAAUUUCAAGUCUAAUUUUUUUUAUUACAUUCCCUAUUUGGAUGGUUAUGAGUUAAUGACUCACUAAUUUAGAGAAACAGUUGUUCCAACCUUUCAUUUAAUUAUUUGUACCUUCAAUAUUAUUUAAUGUAGUUUCAUAGACAUUCAAAGUAGAAAGAGAUUGACAUUGUCUUAAUUAUUUUGUUUUUUCUUUUAUAAUGACAUAUUUAUAUGUACCAUUCAAGUUAUAUCAAAAUAAUCCACUUAAUAUCUUGAGCAUCUUUGUGUUUAAUUUUUAAAUAAGUCUACCAUCUACAACUUUAUUUUCUGGUAAAAAUUUUAAAGAAUCAAGUUUGGCACAAUAAUAUCAAAAUUCAUUAUCUUCUAUCUUAUAUAAAGUUUCCAGUUCAAGUUUUUGAAUUUUCCGAUCAGUAUUUUGUGUGAAAUGAUAAAAACAACCAUUGAUUUGUAUGUUAUCUCCUAAAAUGCUUUUUACAGCUUAGAUCAUAGAUUGUUCAAAAUCCAUGUGCAAUUUUGAAGGAUGUAGGUAUAAAUUUCUUUCUGAAUACAUAUCUAGUAUAACGGAUAACAUUUGUUCAUGUUUUUUCCAUAAUACAUACACAACAGUAAUAAAUAUGGAUUUUUGGUUUUCAAUAUUAAAAGCAUAUAAAUAUAGUACCAUAUUAUUACAUACCUAUAUAUAAUAUAAGGAUUAGACCUAUUUAUACUUAUAAAAGUUUUAAUAGAAAACCAAAGUUUUCUGUUAUUAUUGUUUUUUUUUUUUUUUUACCUUUGCCUAUAGGCCUCUGUCCAUUAUUAAUUAUGGGACCCUUGCUCCUUGAACUCCAAUAACUGAAUAUCUUAGAAAAAUACCUUUUAACAAAUCUAUGGUAUCCAGAGGUGCCAUGUAAGGGAGGCUCAUUGCUAAAACCACCCAUAAGGUUAAUGAACCAGAGAAUAUGUGGCAAGAGUUGGUUAAACUGUAUAAGAGUAUCUAAAAUUUUAAAAACCUGGUGUCUAUAAUAGUAUCUAUAAACAAUAUCAGUAUCAACAUUUUUGAUAUUGCUCUUAGAUCAUGUUCAAAUAUACAACGGAUGGAGCCAUAUCCUGUUUUACCUGUAUAAAUAACAUAAAAUACAUAGAGGUUUUGAUUUGUCAGUUAAGAAUUGUACAUGGGCAAGUAUGCUUGUCGCAUAUUUAUCUUUUUGGUGAAUUUAAGCAUAUUGUAGAAUAAUUAUAAUUCAUGUUGGUGGGUUUUUAUUAUAAAUUGUUAUGGAAAAUGGUUAUUUGAAUAUGUAUGUGACAAGUAGACACUGAUGAACUGAUAGUGACAUGGUCCCAUUCAUAGUAUGAUGAGAUAUCGUCCAUCUUUCAAUUAUAUUUUACUAGAACGUGACUUAAAAUUAUUUUUAAAACUGUCAAAUUUUAAUAAUUAGUUAAAACUCAAUUAUCUUUUUGUAUAAGUAAAAUCAAUUAUAUAUUGUAGUAUAAAAUAAAAAAAUUUGCCAAAUUUUAAAAAUGUGGAUCACUCUAAAUACUCUCAAUUAAAUACAAAUUAAUCUAAUAUAUUACUCUGAUACAAUUAAUGUAUUGUUUUAAAUAUUAUUUUUUAAAAAAAUUAUAAAAUUAUUUAGGUAUUGGAUUUCUACUUGGAAGUGUUGCAAAUAAAAAUACUCCUAUUAUUAAUAAAAAUCCAAUGUCACUUGAAGAUAGACUUAAUUUAGAAAUUGCUCAAUAUGAAUCCGAACAAACACCUUGUCUUGAAGAAUGUCCAAUUCAUUGGUGGUCACGAAUGUCAUCAAAAUGUCAAAAUCUUAUUAGGCUAGCAAGAAAACACUUUGUGUAUGCCUUAAGUGGGUCGUCUAGUAAAUUACCACUUGAUUUACAAAUACUGUAUUACAUGAAAAGAUCACAAAUACAUCGAGAACUUGUAGAUAAAAUGACAUUUAUCAAUGCAAAUAUGAUUGAUAAUAAUUGA